CGGUCAUCUUAUACUAACUAUUUGAAGAAUAUAAAAAGAAGACAAAGUUAAUCAUGCUGAGGUUACUGAUACCAUGCCUGUUAUGGCUGGCGAGCGUUCGUUCGCACAGCGUUCAUAUGGACAUGAUGGAUUCUGGUACAAUGGAUUCUUCAUUGUCCAAAUUGAAAAGGGGCUACGUUCAAGACCCUUGUCCACCGCAGUACCAUCUUCCCGCAUAUCAUCAACCAGCUGUUCUCGUAAAAGCCUAUGAACAGCCUAGUUAUCCGAAAAAGGAAGUGACAGUUCAUCAAGCACCGCCUCAUAUACAGUAUAUCUCAAGUCAUCAACCGAGUUACACAAUUAUUCCGAAACAAUCGGUGACUUACGUGAAGCCGCAGGUAGUAAAUUAUCAACCCGUUCAUGCACCAUCGUAUACGGUUCAUCCGGUUCAAUCGGUCGUCAAACCAUGGAUGCCAUCGUAUUCACCGCCUAAAGUGAUUUACCAAAAGCCGAUGUAUUCUUAUGCCCCGGUUUAUCAAAAGCCGAUGUACGAGAUGCCGAAAAUUUAUUUGAAAAAAUACGAAGUACCAGCGGUACAAACUCAGGUGGUUUAUCAAAAGCCAGGCGUUGUUUAUCCUAUUUCCUACAUUCCACCACCGCAACCUAAAGUUAUCCACAUACAGGCAGCGCCAGUCUCUUACGUGAAAAUUGCUCAACCGCCUCCAAUGGUACACCCACCCGUCUAUCUUCCACCUGCUCCAGUUCAUCCACCCCCAGCUAUUGUCAAAAUAGCGAAACCUAUGUGCGACUGAAAUCACAGGGAUCACACGAAGCCGAGAGAAAAACUAAUUUAAUCGCCAUCGAUUCUCUUAACCAUCAUGGAGUAAGAGAGACAGCCUAGCUCGCAAGAAACAACGAGAUAUUUCCUAAUCGAAAUAGAUCAAACCUACCGAGCUACAAUUAACUGCCAUAAUGAGCCGCCUUUCUCGAUCGUAAUUUAGUAAAAAUGCACUUUUGUAAUGUCUACACUCUACCAAUAAAUAA